GAGGUCGUUUGUUUACGCUGUGCCACCGUAGAAAAGACGUCCCAGGCGCUCGCACCGUCACCGCGUGCAGGUUUACCGCGUCAGUCACCGUCUGUAUACUGAAUAGCCAACGUGCCCACUCUGCGUUUAUGUUUUACGCUUAAAAGAAGAGCUUACGGAGAACUUCGUCUUACAGCAUCACCAUGCCUGCCUUUUGCUCUGCGUGCGGCUGUCCGAGAACCAACGGCCGAGAUGAUAUUCUUGGACUCUCCGGAGGCGGAACCAGCGGGCACACUCCAAGACCAAGUCAUUGCAGCGAAAGAAAUUCUGAUGACAUCGCAACUGAACCAGUGUAUGAUGCAGCACCGGGUCUGAAUUGUGAGUCGGGGGAAGCUGUAGACACAUCACUCGAGCCAGCAUGUGAGGCGGGCCAUGUCGCCGAUAAGUCUGUUCAAGUGCUACUACUAACCCCCGACGAAGCAUCACAACUAGAUGAACAAAAAAUUGUGUCAACAAGUGCUACACAAACAGAGCCUCAAGCUGUUUCUUCAGGUGCCUUGCCAUUUGAGUCCCUGGAGCCGUCUUCUUCAUUGGCGCCUGUACGAGGUCGACUGCAUUCCUGCCAGCAGUGCACCUAUGUGACACGAAAUAAGUCACAUAUGACGAGACACCUUGGGAAACACACGGGCGAGCGCCCCUUCCAGUGCCGCAUGUGUCCAGCUACAUACACUCAGAAAUCCAAGCUGGUGGCUCACAUGCCCACUCACUCAGGAGAGCGUCCCUUUUCCUGUGUCCACUGCAACGCAUCCUUUUCGCGGAAAUAUUCCCUCAAUAUCCACAUGCGCACGCACACAGGAGAGCUUCCCUUUUCCUGUGUCCACUGCAAUGCAGCCUUUGCGGAGAAAGACUAUUUAAAUUUACACAUGCGCUCUCACACAGCAGAGCGUCCCUUUUCCUGUACCCACUGUAAUGCCUCCUUUUUGCAUAAAUACGACCUCGUGAGGCACAUGCGCUCGCACACAGGAGAGCGUCCCUUUUCCUGUGUCCACUGCAAUGCAUCCUAUUUGCAGAAAUGCCACCUCGUGAGACACAUGCGCACGCACACAGGAGAGCGUCCCUUUUCCUGUGUCCACUGCAAUGCAGCCUUUGCGCGGACAGACUAUCUAAAUUUGCACAUGCGCUCUCACACAGCAGAGCGUCCCUUUUCCUGUACCCACUGCAGUGCCUCCUUUUUGCAGAAAUACUACCUCGUGAGACACAUGCGCAUGCACACACGAGAGCGUUCCUUUUCCUGUGUCCAGUGCAAUGCAUCCUAUUUGCACAAAUGCCACCUGGUGGCGCACAUGCGCAUUCACACAGGAGAACGUCCCUUCUCCUGUGUACACUGCAACGCAACUUUUGUGCAGAAAAAGAACCUCGUGAGACACAUGCGCACGCACUCUGGAGAGCGUCCCGUUUCCUGUGUCCGUUGAAAUGCCUCGUUUGUGAUGAAACGCUACCCGUUCAGCACAUGACCACUCACACACGGGAGCGUUGCUUCAACUGUGUCCACUGCAAUGCGUCCUGUUCUCGAAAAACCGGCCUCGUGGUGCACAUCCGCAGUCUCAUACCCUUGUCGCACGGGUAAGCUUAACCGCUGUUAUCCCCAACUGCAGUUAAAGGAGUACUGACACGAUUUUGAAGUGCAGAAAAACGGACGUUUUUGUUUUCCUUGGCAUGUAGUGUUAACGCUCUCCCCACACCUUAUCCGGGAAACACGUAUAAAUAUUUAAGUUUGAUUUUAAAGUUUUCAUCUCCCAGCAUCUGCAAGGUAGCUUCACCGCAUGGAGAGCCCUAUGACGUUUCGAGUCAGCUCACUUGGUUUGCGAUAUCUGGGUUCUGCAUGCAGCCUAAAUCACAGAAAUUGCUUUUGGAGGCACUGCACGACAGUUCACUCAUCAUGAACCACGUUCGACUGACAGCAAAGGACAGCAGGUGCAUUAUUCGUGUGUUGCAGUGUGCCCGUGACGUCACGGGCAGACCUGAGACGUCACUAUGAAGCCGCCCUCUCGAAACCAAAACCGAAACUGCUGGUUGUGUCCGCUGCGUCCACUGUGUCCACUGCAAUGCAUCUUUUUCUCGAAAAAACCGGCCUCGUGGUGCUCAUCCGCAGUCUUACAGAAGAGCGUCCCUUCAACUGUGUCCACUGCAGUGCAUCAUUUUCCCGAAAAACCAGCCUCGUGAUGCGCAUGCGCACUCACACUGGAGAGCGUCCCUACUCAUGCGUCCUCUGCAAUAUAUCUUUUUCACAAAAAUACCAGCUCACGAACCACAUGUCCCUUCGUCAUGAAAACAAGAAGCCAUAAAGGUGUUG